CCUUCUACAGGGAGCUGUCACAAGCUACACUCUUUUCAAUGUCUUCAUCAUGACAUAGCCGAAUUAGUACAGGCAGUCACGGGCAUCGAGUGCCUACUUAAUGCAGAUGAUCUUGUUCAAUGGUAUUCCGCCCCUAAGAAAAACGCUCAGGAGAGGACUGAAAGUGCCCUAAAUUGUGGACUUAAACUACUAGCAAACCGGUGCGACAACAAUGGAAUGGUAAUCAACACCGCGAAAACUGCAUUCCAGACAUAUCUCGGAAUGAUGGUAGACACAAAGCUAACGUGGAAAAGUCACAUUGCUAAAAUAGCAGAACGAGUCUUCAAAACACUGGAUGCAGUGAAGAGUCUUGAUGGUAGCAUAUGGGGCUGUGCACACUCAACUCUCAACACCACUUACAAGAUGAUUAUUCAGCCAAUAAUGUUGUACUGCUGUGAGCCACUCAUUACAGCCGCUGAGAAAGCCAUAGAACUGAAGAAAGAAUUACAAAUCGAUGACAAACCAAAAAGCCUCUCUCCCCCCAUGAACCCAUCAGCAGAUACUGAUGUAGCGUGUUGCACCAAACUGCUGGACUUCUUCGGGAAAUCAAACACUCCUCCAGAACAAAUGCGCUCACUGGCACUUGAAACAAUCAAUGUCAACUAUCCUGGAGAUCAAUGGCUCCAAGUCUUCACUGCGGGUCAUAUAUAA